CCAGGCUCCAGGGCUCCGACCCACCUGAAGCGCCUGCCCCCCAGGCCGCUAGAUACUACAUGUACGUGAAGCCGAGGCCCCACGUCACUUCCCUGGUUGCUUGACCCCAGGAAUGUGGGAGCUCUAAUCCCGCUUCGAUAUGGGGUCAGAGACACCUUGCGAAUGGCAUAGUUUCUUACUUUUAUAACUCUUCGAAUGUGACGAGGGUCUCUAGACUCUGUUUGGCAUAGUCUCAGAGACCUUGAAUUGGAUUUCAGUAUAAGCGCGCCUGAUCAUGGCGUCCAUGCUAGAAUUCCGCACGCCUGGCUUCAACCCCUACGCCGUCAAAUAUUCUCCCUACUACGACUCGCGCAUUGCCGUCGCCUCAGCCGCUAAUUAUGGUAUUGUUGGGAAUGGCCGGCUCUUUUGCCUGGGACUAGGUCCCCAGGGCGUCCAGGUAGAAAAGACCUUCGAUACCAAUGAUGCCCAGUAUGAUCUCGCCUGGUCCGAGAUCAACGAGAACCAGCUUCUUGCUGCUUGCGGAGAUGGGUCAAUAAAGCUCUACGACGUCAAUGUCAACGACUUUCCUAUUAUGAACUUCCACGAACACAAGCGCGAAACGUAUUCCGUGGCUUGGAAUCCUGUCACCAAAGACACUUUCGCGUCGAGUUCUUGGGACGGAACUGUUAAAAUUUGGUCACCAACGAGAAGAGAGUCCAUCAGAACGCUCCCUGUCGGCAAUUGCACUUAUAGCACAUCUUACUGUCCCUCGAAUCCAAAUAUUAUCUCGGCCGUGUCGACCGACUCACACCUUCGCAUUUUUGACCUUCGGACGCCUGUCACCGCUCAGUAUCACCUCACAGCUAAGAUCCCAGUCCAUCAAGCGCCGUCUACGCCCAUGCCUCCAGGCAUCUCACCUCCUUUCAUGCCGGCCGAGAUAUUGACCCACGAUUGGAACAAGUAUAGAGACACGGUCAUAGCCACAGGAGGUGUGGAUCGAGUAAUAAGAACUUUUGAUAUAAGAACCCCAACAGCGGGGCCCGCGUCCAUCAUGAUGGGUCACGACUAUGCUGUACGAAGGCUGGCCUGGAGCCCGCACGCCGCCGAUAUCCUUCUUAGUGCUAGUUAUGACAUGACAGUGAGACUGUGGACCGACGGUUCUACCAUGCCCGCCAACGAAGGCUCACCGCCCGUAAAGCCAGGCCUACAGCUCGGAAUAAUGAAUAGACAUACAGAAUUUGUGACCGGUGUUGACUGGUGUCUCUUUGGUGUUGCUGGCUGGGUUGCAACGGUUGGGUGGGACGAGCGAGUCUUGCUGUGGGAUGCUAAUAUGAUGCUCCAGGGAAAAGGUUGACCGAUAUUGCUCGAGGCUUGUCCGUCAAAAUUCUUGGUAUGAUAUGCAUGGGAGGCGUUUUGGGAGCAAAGAGAGGACUUGUUUCAUUGAUACCACCAAGUAUGCGUUUAGAAGAGCACAAUAUUUCAUGGUACAGCUCAUGGGUCGAAAGGGGGGGACAACUAGAGCUCGUGCAAUAAAAGUUCUACGGCCAAUCCUCUUUGAGCUGUACAGAGAGCAACUUUCUCUUUGUCAACCUUCCAGUGUGGAUCAUGUAAAACAUUUUGGGAACUGGCGCCUCUUUAUCCAUCCUCCAUGCCUACCUGCCUACAGGAUUCUAGUUGAGCUGUCAUCGGU